UGACGUAUAUAGACUUGACAUUUCUCAAUUUGCUAAAUGUUCAAUUUCGUCAAUACUUUCGUGUAUUAUUGUUACUGAAUUUUGUUAAUAAACGUGAAACAUGUUUUAAUCUUGAACCAUCUGCACAAUUAUAUCCUCGUGAAUUACGCACAGUUGAUACAAGAUGUCUGAGAAGCUAACACUAGGGCAGCGGGUGAAGGUGGUGGGCAAGGAUGUGAAGGGCUCCGUGGCUUACGUGGGGCACCCCACCUUCGCCACUGGCAAAUGGAUCGGGGUCAUCCUGGACGAGCCCAAAGGGAAGAACAACGGCACCGUCCGGGGACAUGCCUACUUCACUUGCGACGAAAACUAUGGCGUAUUCGUCCGCCAGACUCAAAUCCAGUUGCUCGACGCUGAAGACAACCCCAUGGAGACCUCCACCACCUCUGUGGACGAGCCCCGCGCCCCUGCCACCAAUCGCCGGCUCAGCAGUAUUACAGUGGCCCAGCGCUCUAGACCCACCACGGUGCGCCGCAAGACGGCGCCGGCGGCGAAGGCCACGCUCUCCAUGUCGAGUUCACGAACGUCACUGGCGAGUAGUCGCCAAUCUUUGACGUCGUACGCGUCGCCGACGACUGAAAGAGCCGCGUCGCCUGAUCAGGCGGCGAAGCGAGCUUCAUUUGUUGAGACCGGGUUCGUGGAGACGCUAACCCCGCAGUACACGCCGGGGCAGAGCAUCACGUCGCCCGCGCCGACGCCGCACGCGGAGGAGCGCCUGGCCAACCUGCAGGCGCAGCAAGAGAUCACUCAACUGAAGUCGGAAGUAGAAGACCUGAAGGAAAAGCUUGAGACCCUCCGCGUGAAGCGCGCCGAGGACCGCGAGCGCCUGCGCGAGCUAGAGCGAGUGCGACUGCAGUUAGAGCAGGCCAACGAAUUCAAAGCUCGUAUUAUGGAGUCGCAGGCGCAGCUGCAGAGGGACUUGCAGAGAGCGAAGCAGGAGGUGCGCGAAGCUCAAGAGGCGCUGGACAACCACAACGAUGAGACGGCCGAGCUGCAGGAGGCGGCCGAGAUGGCGGCGCUGGACAAGGAAAUGGCUGAAGAGCGCGCCGAGGCACUCCAACUCGAGCUGGAAUCUUGCCGCGAGAAGUUGGAGGAGGCAACAUUGGACCUGCAACUCAUGCGCGCUGAAAUGGAGGCAUCAGGAAACACCCAGCACCCGUACGCAGCGACGGACGAGCGCGCCGCCACCGGCUACGAGAUGCGCCAGCUGCAGCAGCAGAACGCGCGCCUGCGCGACACGCUCGUGCGCCUGCGCGACCUCAGCGCGCACGACAAGCACGCCAUGCAGAAGAUGAACAAGGACAUAGAACAAUACAAAUCCGAGAUAGCCGAACUGUCGCGCACUAAGGAGAAGCUGUCCACCAGGGUUGAAGAGUUGGAAGCUCAGGUUGCUGACCUUCGGGAACAGGUGGAUGCUGCACUGGGAGCUGAGGAGAUGGUAGAACAGUUAGCUGAGAAGAAAAUGGCCUUGGAGGACCAGGUGGAACAACUCAAACAAGACGUGGCUGAACUAGAAGCUCUUCAAGAAGUCCACGAACAGCUGGUAGAGUCCAACCGAGAACUGGAGCAAGACCUUCGCGAGGAGCUGGAAAUGGCGCAGAGCGCCACUAGGGAGGUGGUGCGCGAACGCGAGGCAGCCUUCGAAACCAUCAUGGACCGCGACUCCACGAUCCUCAAGUUCAGAGAGCUGGUGCAGAGGAUGACCGAACAGUACAACGAAAUAAGGAACCAGUUGGAGUCCAAACAAGGUUCCCCAGCGCCAUCGUCCGAGCAGGACACGCCCGAGCCGUCCCGCUCGCCGCCCGCGGAGCUGGGCUCGCUGGUGCAGCUGUCGCGCGCCUCCACGCGCUCCGUGGACUUGCAGCUGCGCGCGCUGGAGCUCGCGCAAGCACGAGCGCGCGCCGACAUGCUGGCCGCGUGUCUGCCCGACCACUUCAUGCAGCCGGCGGGUGACCACGACGCCAUCCUGCUGAUCCUGCUGCUGCAGCGGCUGACCACCAAGGCUGACAUCAUUCUUGGACAGAUCAGAGAACGGUUCCCGGCUGUCAAUGUGUGGGAUCGUGAGGCAGUCACCAAAACGCACACGGCGGUGCAAUACAGCUUCCGGUGCCAACUCGAAUACCAGCUUCAUAUGAUACAGUGUAUAGUAUCGAUGUGGGUGUGGACCCUGGACUCCUGCAAGCCGGAGCUGCUGCUGAAGGCUGCCAGUGCCCUGCCGGAUGCGAGUCAGCAGGAACGAGCGCUGGAUGGUGCAUUGCAACUGCUUAAGACCAACGAGUUGGACGAAAACGUGGGGCUCGACGGUAUCGAGCGCUGCUGGAGCUACCUGUCGGCCAUGUGGGCGGCGCUCGGGCUGUCGGCGCUGGCGCCCGAGUACCCGCGCGAGGCCGUGGCGCACGCGUGCUGCGCGCUCGACGCGCUCGCUCGAGCUCUACACGCCGACGCUAGCGCCCUCCAACAGACGCUGCUGCAAUCCGAGCACGGGCUGGAGCUGGGCCAGCUGCACGCGCACAUGGUGGGCACGGCGGGCGCGCUGCAGCAGGCCCUGAAGGCCGCGCGCCGCCGCCUGCCGCCCGCGCCGCAGGCGCCCGUGCCGCUGCCGGUGCAGCUAAUCGAGAAGCUCCGCACAGAAGCCGCGGCGACCCUGUCUCGCUGCGCGCGCGCGUCGUACCUGGCGGCGCGCGCGGCCUGCGCCUGCGCGGCCACGGCCGGCGAGCGCGGCGACGGCGCGCCGCUAGCGCACGCCGUGCUGCUCAACGUGUGGACCCAGGCCACCAACAAGACUUACCAACAGGACGACCACGGGCCCGUGCGCACGAUCAAGCACGCCCUGGCGGCCGUGAGCGCUGACGUCACCAAACUGGCGACCAUGGCCGCCGAGAAGGAAUACGAUAUGGUGUCGCUGACCAACGUUGCCGAUAAGCCGACUCCGCCCGUGGUGCUGCGCGCGCAGCUCGUCAAGAAGCAGCUCGAGGAGACCAAGACCUUGACCAUCAAGCUGGAGAACAAGGAGGCUGAUAUCAAGGAACUCAGGAAAGCACUCAAGGCGAAGCAAGAGGAACUAUCGGAGAUGCAGAUUCGGCGCGAGCUCGGGGAGCGCAAGCUGACAGCAGCAGCUCGCGACGCCGAGCUGAAGGCCGAGCAGCUGGCGCGCAAGCUGGACGACGCCAACAACCAGCUCAAACGCAAAGAAAAAGAGUUCGAAGAGACAAUGGAUCAUUUACAACAAGACAUCGACUCUCUGGAAAGCGAGCGCGGCGCGCUGCGAGACAAGCUGAAGCUGUACGCCAAGCGCGGCGGCCAGCACCACGAUUUGGCACUUCUGCCGGUGGCGUCGCCGGCGGUCGUUUCCAGAGACUACUCACCGGCAGUGACGCCUGUACAUGCGCCUGUGGAAAUACAAGAGGCGCCGGUGAAGGUGGCGCCGGGCGUAGCCGCUGGAGAGGUGAACGAGGCGCUUCAGCAGCAGCUGAAGGUGCUUUGCUGGUGA